ACCUAAAAAAUAUACAAUGAAAAUACUAGUGAUACAGACUGUGAUUAAGUAUUAAUAACCUGUAAUAUAAUAAAUGAUCCAGCUAAAAUGUCUUCAUUUUUAAAAUAUCACGAAAAUAGUUCAGUAGGCGUUGACGAGGCUACAAUAAAAGACAAUGUUACGUAUUACAAAAUUACAGUCAAAGUGGGUUCCGUUAAUUGGCAUGUAAUGCAUCGAUACAACGAUUUUGUGGAGCUUCACGAUAAACUCGUAUCAGACCAUGGUGUUGGAAAGGAAUUACUUCCGCCUAAAAAAGUUAUACGAAAUAAGACUCCUAAGUUUGUGGAACAAAGACGCGAAGCAUUGAAUGUGUAUCUGAAGGAAGUGCUAAACUAUUUAAAAUUAUCCAUGCCGUAUGAAUUCGCGCACUUUUUAGAUUUUCAUAAAUACGAUAUUUUCUUUUUAUUAACCGACUUAGCGAAGACUUUGUAUUUGGAAGGUGAUAAUUUGUUGGAGAAUGCAAAAUCUUAUAAGUUCACGCCUCUUGAGUUGCAUGCGAUUAGUGAAAGACUAAAAAUGGCGUGUCCUCCAACAGAGAAACAAGAUCAAACAUAUGAUUUCAGCCAUGUCUUAGACUUCUGUUCACAACUUCGCUCAUUGGACGUUGAAGGAAGCUAUGAAAAAUAUGGCACAAGCAACAUAAUACUAAAUGAGUUGCAAUUUGAUUUCAUUCCCUUCAAGUCCUUGAUUAACUUAAGGAUACUAGGAGUUCCCAUGAGAUGCAUACAGAGUGUUGGUAGUCUACGGGACACCCUAGUCAACCUGUCAGUAUUAACGGCCACAGUAAUAUCUCUGAAUGAAUUUCUAUUAGUUGACAUCCUGCAUAAAGAACCAUCGAGUAUUGCUGAUACAGUGAAAUGGAAGAAACUCGCGAUGAUAAACUUCGGUAACAACAACAUUGAAAAUGUCGAUUGGGCUAUCAAAUUGGUCCCAAGACUUCAACACCUGAGUCUCUCAUCAAACAAACUCAAAGAGCUCUGUGACAUAUCAAGCCUUCACGACCUAAGGAUAUUAGAUUUGUCCAUGAACUCGUUCUCGCUCUGUGAGAAGUGGCACGCUAAAAUAGGUAACAUAGUAAAAAUAGAACUAUCACAGAAUAAGGUUGAAUCGCUACGUGGGUUUUCCAGACUCUAUUCUUUAGAGAGUUUAAAUUUAGGCUGUAAUGUUAUAACGGAUGUUGAAGAGGUCCAGCAUAUAUGUAAAUUACCUUGCUUAGAGUAUCUAUGGCUGACGGCGAAUCCCGUUGCCUCGAUCAUAGAUUAUAGAGUUAAAGUCAUAGAGCAAUUCAACUCUAGAAUGUCCGAAAUCUGUUUGGAUAACGAGCGAGCUUCUGAGAAAGAACUGGAUACGGCUAGGGUUUUGCAAGCAUUGAGGGUGGUUAAAGAAGGUAAAAUACCUACUUUCCUAGACAAUCAUACCAGUCAUAGUUUUAAUAAAAGUUGACAUUAAAGCUAUAAGUGUUAUAAAAAUAUUUAAUAUUAAAUUUAGUUAUGUUUGAAAUAUUUCAUAGUUUAAGUAAUAACCGCAUGUGCGGCUGUGUUGUAUGUACGUACACAGGGUAAGGAGAAUGCUCCCGAAUCCGUAACAGUUGGUAUACUUCACGUUAGCUUAAACGGAAAAAACGUCGUAGUCAAACCAAAAUCUACUAUGUCAUGUGCACUUUUUGACCUUUUCGUAUAGUUCACAGCCCUAUCUACUGUAUAAAAAAAC